GCUUUUUGGAAGAACAAACUGGUGAUGACAUCGUGGAUCUAGAUGAGAUAGGUGAAGAUGAUAUAUCGGCAGACCCCAAACUUUCCGCAACUCUGGAAAAUGCGGUCAACGACAUCGCAAGUGGAGGAUCCAGCGUUGAGAAGGUCAUGAAAAAUAUGAAGGCCAAUGCCCAGGACCAUUUGCGGGAGUGUCUUCAUCCUAUGGUUCGACGUUUGGGACGAGUAUGCGGCAAGAACUCAUCACGGGAUUGGUGGCGUGCUUUAAAGGGGGGUCCAGAAAUGGAAUGGAUCGAGAUCCCCGUCAAAUACACAGACUUGGCUGAUGGAGAUGACAAAUAUCGUUUGGAAAAAUGGCCACUUCUAGAUCCUCAUUCAAUCAUUGCCUUCUUGGAGAAGUCUGGUUUGAAAAUCCCACCAAUCUCAGUGCGUGAAUAUUGGCACCAUCACCGAACCUUUGGAGAGCCUUGGGCUCAGCAUGAUGAAACUGACCGGAUCCCUAUGGGAAUUUACGGAGACUCAGCCAAAUGCCAAACAGAAUUUGGUUUUGUGAACCUCGUCGGUAUUUUCAUCAGCCUGGUGCUAUGGAAACCUAUGUCAGUAAGAUUUUCCCGGUUCUUGGUGUUUGCCAUCCCCGAGCAGUCCCUUUGGGGAAGCAAAACCCUACGAGUGGUGUAUCGCCGGUUAGCUUGGUCCAUUAACAGCUUAAUCCAUGGAGAACAUCCUCGAGCAGGUGUUUAUGGAGAAGAUCUCAAUGCUCGAUUGCGAGAACUCUCUGGCAAACCGUUCCAACACCGGUAUGCACUGACAGAAAUCAGGGGAGAUUGGGCAUGGCACAAAAAAGUGUGGAGAUUCAAGAGAUGUUCUUGGGCUGCGAUAAAUAUGUGCCACCAAUGCCCAGCAAAGUCUUCAUCAACAAACUCUGCCGACCUUUAUUGGAUGUUUGAGUCCAAUUCCUGGGAUGACCACCAUUUCACAACAGAGCAGUUCAUUGCUGAACGGAUGCCUGAAACUGGCAUUUGCCCCCUUCUUGGUGUCACAAACUUUCACCCAUCCACUAUUCGGUGGUGUCUGAUGCAUGUGGUCAACCUUGGGAUCCUGUAUACCGUGAACGGGUCAGCAUUGAAUCUAUUGGUGCAAGGCGGGUGGUUUGGCAAUGAGCCUGGGAUCAACUCGCAUGUCAAAUUGGCCAGGGCACAUCGUGACUUCAAAGCAUUCAUUUCGAAGAACAAGAUCCAAUGCAGCCAACCUGACUUCACACCAAAGAUGAUCUACAAGAAGGGAGGCAUCAUAUCCUUGACUGCGAAAGCAUACAAUGGGCGAGUCAUUCUGGCAUGGUUGGAUGAAACAGUUUAUUUAGCAAGCCAAGACCAGCAAUUUGCCAAUCUUGAUGAACGAACCCUCAUGAUUGCAGCUGCUUUGAGACACAUGAAUCGAUUCCUGACCGAAAUGGAACACGCUGGUAGGUAUUUGAGUGAGCAACAAGCAAACUCCAUCUUCGAGAGUGGCAAACAAUUUCUGCAGAUUUACCGAUCUUUGGCCAUCAUGUCUGUGCGGGCCGGCAAGUUCGAAUUGGGUAUGCGACCCAAGGUGCAUGCCCUAUGGCACAUGCUGUGGAUGAUCAAAAAACGCCGUACCAACGUCCGUCUGUGGAGCGGAUUCGUGGACGAGGAUGCCAUGUCUUGGCUAAAGAGAACAUACUUUGGGGCACAUCCAGGAUGGAGGUCACGAUGGAUCAUUCGAGUAUCAAAACUCAGGAUUUGGCAAACGCAUCUCAAAGUCCGGAGGUUCAAUCAGCAAGUGGCUGAUAGGUUGAAGCGAGGGCGGUGA